AUGCGGCUCCUGUGGUAUGCCGGGACCUCCACGGCCCUUGCGGCCAGCGUCGUUGCGUAUGCCUUUAACCAGCGCGCCAACUUCUACUCUGCCAUGGUCUACCUGUCGCAGAACAACCUAAGUCUCAUGAUCCUAAUCAACCUCAUCCUCUUGGUCUAUAGCUCCUUCGUCUGGGGCCUUCAGCGACUAUGCUACGGCCCGCUCCGACCCGUCGAGAUCGAACAGCUCUACGAGAAGGCCUGGUUCGCCGUGACGGAAACGUGCCUUGCCAUGACCAUCUUCCGCGAAGAGGUCGGAGCUUGGUUCUUGGUCAUGUUCACCGCCUUGGUCACUGGCAAGGUCUGGGAAUGGAUCGGCGAGGGCCGUGUCGAGGUCUUGGAGCAGCAACCCCCGGUCAACCCACGAUUAUUCCACACCCGACUCAGCAUUUCUCUGCUCCUGAGCGUCGUAUACGACACCUGGCUGUUGAUCUAUGCCGUCAAGGCCGUGAUUCAACAGGCUCGUCCUAAUAUGAUGGUGAUGUUCCUGUUUGAGUUCGCGAUCUUGGGCACAUGUUCAGUCCGAACCGCCUUGCGCUAUGCUCUGUCGCUAUGGGAAGCGAGAAUCGUAAAGAAACAGACGCAGUACAGGUUGGAAGAACGUCGCAAAGAAGUCCGUGAGCAGCGUGCAGAGAUUAUGCGACGGCGCGAGUCGGGCGACACGACAGAGGCCGGAGCCGCCGAGCAAGAGGAGUUGCCGAACGAAGAGGACAUUGACGAGAUGGACAUCGAAGUACCGGGCUGGGAGUCCAAGGGACAUUGGGUUCUGAGUCUCGAUCUCGCGACAGACUUCUUCAAGCUCGUUAUCUAUUCAGCAUUCUUCGGUAUCCUUAUGAUGUUCUACGGGCUACCCAUCCACAUCAUGCGCGAUCUCUUCAUGACAGCUCGGUCGUUUGUGAAGCGACUUGGCGCUCUGAUGCGGUACCGGAAGGCCCUACAAGACAUGAACAAAUACCCCGACGCCACCCAAGAAGACUUGGAUCGGGAGGAUACCUGUAUCAUUUGCAGAGAGGACAUGCGACCGUGGGACCCGUCUGCCGUCGGAGCGGUGGAACGUUCUCGGCCCAAGAAACUCCCCUGCGGACACAUCCUGCACUUUGGCUGUCUCAAGGGUUGGUUGGAAAGACAGCAAGUAUGCCCCACAUGUCGGCGCUCAGUCGUCAUUGAUGGUGCUGCCCCUAAUGGGGAUGCUGCCGUACCGGGAGGGGUUGCCGGUGGUCAACCGCGAGUGCCUGGCCAAGCGGCUCCGGCCAAUCGAGGCGCAAAUGCCGGACAGCCAGCACAAGGCCGUGGUAAUAUGCGUGUCUUUCAGCUUGGUCCCAUUCGGUUGGGCUUCGCACAGGGGAAUGCGCAGAAUAUUCAGGAGAUGGCUGAGCGACUCCGUCUUCCCCUUAAUGGUGCCAAUGCGCCUCCUGCCGCAGCCGCCCCAGCCCCGGGUCCCCAAGCUGUUGAGCCUGCCCUCGCCGCGCUUGGCGGCAUCCACGACAUGCAGGUACAACUGCAACAGAUAUCACACCGGCUACAGCAAGAGAUGCACCGGAUACAGCAAGAGUUGUAUACAGCGCAAGCAAGCCAGGCUGAAAUGCAGACGUUGUAUGCUUUGACAUCGGAGCUAAAUCGACUUCGUCAGAUACAACAGCAAGAUCAGGCUGGUGCGCCCAUGAACCACCCCGGUCAGCCGAGCGUCAACGUUCAGUUUGUGCCCCAGGCUCAACAAAACCCCUUCCAGCCCAUGCCGCAGAUGCCUCAAAUGCCGCAGAUGCCACCGUUCCCUGGCUUUUCGCCUCGUGUAUCUCCGCCAACAGUUACUAGACACGGUGGUGUAUCACAAACAGCAGCGAUUCCGGCAGGUAGCCAGGAUCUUCCCGAAGGCGUUGUGAUUCCUCCGGGAUGGUCCCUUCUACCUCUGCAGCGCCUGGAUGGUCCGCCCUCACAGCAGCCUUCUGGGGUCCAGCCAACACGUACGGUUCAGCCAACCGAUGCUCAGGGUCAACAACAGCAGUCGACGGUGCCAACGAACGGUGGGGCCGUGGGUGACCAUGACGCAACCGCUAGCUCGUCAAAUAUUGCUGGAGGACAUCUGGAUAAUCAGAACGGUGAGGCGCCCGGCGGACACUCGGAUAUCCCCUCGUCGACUUCUUCGCACGUGCAGAGAGAUCAGCCCGAGGUUGCUGCACCUACACCCAUAAUGCCCAACUGGGGUGGUGCUGCACAGCUCUUUGCUAACGGUGAAGCUGGGGGGCCAUCGUCGACGACACCGUCAACAAACGAGCCGGAGACGAGCGCGGAUAAAGCGUCCACUCGUGAGGCUCCACGAGCUGAAUCGGCAGCUCGCGGGGAGGAUGAGUCCUCUAGUAGCACAGCAAAGGGUAAAGCGAAAGCAGUGACUAUUGAGGACGCAGAUGAUGCGGAGGACGACUAG